AUGGUCAAAGCCGCUGAGCUUCGUAAAAUGGACCGUGAUUUCAUACUUAAUCAACUGGAAUCGUUGAAGUCUGAACUAGCUGAACUGCGCGUUAAUAAAGUUACCUCUGGCUCUAAAGCUAAUAAGAUUUAUACUGUCCGUAAGUCUAUUGCUCGGGUCUUAACCGUUAUUAACCAGAAAACGAGGGAUGCCUUAAGGAAUAAUUAUGCUGGCAAAAAAUAUAUUCCUUUGGAUUUACGACCGAAAAAAACACGCGCCAUCAGACGUCGUUUAACUAAGCACGAAGCAAACCUUAUUACGGAAAAAGAGGCUAAAAAAAGAAAACAUUUUAAAUUACGCAAGUAUGCGGUCAAGGCCUAG